AUGGACAUCGCAGACAAGUCGUACGGGACUCCCAAGGAGCCCGGCCUUACCUCGUACGAUGUCCGUACAAACUGGAUGUUUGAAAUACUUAUGAUGAUUUUAAACAGAAGUGCAAAUAGGGUAGAAGCAAAUAAAAUGUUAACCAUGCUUGAAUGCCUUACUGCUGAAGAGGUGGACCAACAACCACCACCGAGGGUCGUGAACUGUCAUUAUCCGCCUAGAUAUCUUCCCAUAGAAGCUAUGCGAGCAAAACAGAUCAAGACUGUUUUAUGUAUACGCAAUCCUAAAGACACAGCCGUAUCAUAUUACAAUCAUAUGAAGGGGCUAAGACCAUACAACUACGAUGACAAAUGGGAAGACUGGUUACCAGUGUAUCUGCAAGGAAAAUUGGAAUAUGGCAAGUACAGUGAAUAUUUGUUAGAAUGGCAGCGCGAAGUACAAAAUGGUCCAGGCUUCCCUCUACAUGUUCUAUGAAGAUUUGAAAAUG